AUGGCCAUCGCCCCUUGUAAGGCCGCAGGGGGCACCACAGUUCCUGGGAGAGCCCCUAGAAGCACCACCUCCCCUGGCAGGGCCCCUGGGGUCGCCUUUGCCCCAGGGAGGGCCCCUAUGGGAGCCACUGCCCCUGAGAAGGUUCCUGGGGGCGCCAACGCUCCUGGGAAGGUCUCUGUGGGUCACGCCUACCCUAAGAGGGCCCAAGGGGGAGCCCAGGCAGGGCCCCUUGGGUCGCCGUCACCCCUGAGGAGGGUCUCCGAGAGCGCCAACGCCUCAGGGAGGUCCUCUGGGAUCGCUGUCGCAUCUAGGAGGUACCCUGGGGGCGUCGAACCUUCUGAGAGCCGCUGGAGGAGCCACCUCCCCUGGAAAAGCCCGUGUGGCGCUGCUGCCCCAGUGAGGGCCUCCUCUGUCCCUGGUAGGUCCCCUGGAGACUCUUUAGCCCCUGACAGGGCCCCUGCUGAAUCUGGGAAAGCCUCCGCUUCCCCUGACAGGGCCGUUGGGGUCGCCCCCACCUAUGGAAAGGCCCCUGAGGGCGCCGCCGCCCCUGGGAAAGACCCUGGGAGCGACGACGCCCUUGGCAGGGCUUCUGUGGUCGCUGUCACCUUUAAGGAUAGCUCCUGGGGGCACGGUCGCCCAUGGGAGGGCCUCUUGAGGCGCGACAGCCCCUGCCAUUGA